CCGCCAAGAAAAACCAAAGGGUGAAAAGAAAAAAAGAGAGAGCCAAUAAUUUUCUCCAUCAAUCUUCCUCUCUUCCCUCCUUUCUCAUAUCUUUUCUUUUUUUCCUUUGAAUCCCAAAAUCAAAGGAAAAAAACAGAAAAAAUAUCAAUACCCCUGUUUUUUUUCUUUUUGCAAGUUCCUCCAAUUCUUCAUAAUAAAAAGAUGGGUUGUGGGGAAUCAAAGCACGCAGUUGCAACGGAGAACGCUACCAUUCCUAAGAACAAGAGAUCAUUGAGUUCUAAAUCUGAAUCCACAAAGGGUGAAAAUGGGGUUGCAGAGAUUGUAAGUCGUGAUGAAAAAGUGGAGGAGGAGAAGGAGUUGAUUGCACCGAAAGUGGUGGCUGUGGAAAAAGAAAAGUCUGAGAAGAAAGAAAUGGUGGAAUUGGAAAAAGCGAAAGAAGAUGAGGUUGUUGAAAAGAAAGAAGAGAAAGUUGUAGAGACGAAGAAUGAAACAACAACCCCUGUUUCUGUUGUAGAGAACGAUGAAACAACUCCGGUUGCUGUUGUAGAGAAGAAGAAUGAAAAUGAGGAAACAUCCCCUGUUUCUGUUGUUGCUGUUGUGGAGAAGAAAGCAGAAGAGAAAACUGAGGAGACCAUCAAGCCAAUUGAAGAAGUGAAAGAGAAAGAGAAGGAAGAAGUUAUCGCUGUUUCUGAGGCCACAAAUGCUGCUAAACCAGAAACUGUCAAGGAUGAUGAUAAACCAGAAACUGCCAAGGAUGCUGAUAAACCAGAGACAGAGGAAAAGCCAAAAGAGGAAAAUGCAACUGAAACAUCAGCAACAGAUUCAAAAACAGAUUGAAGUGCAAGCAUGGGAAUAUGGAAGAAGAGUGUUUAUUAGUUUAAUCCUUGCUUUUUAAAGCUUCUUGUAAUUUCCACCUUAAGUAUACAUAUUUGUUCCAUGAUCUGUUUUCAUCUCUUCUGCUUAUAUAUUUAUAUAUAUAACA